AGAUAUAAAAGGCCGCACAACAAUUUUCAAACCCUCUUUAUCUAAGAUCCGUCCGUACUGAAGGUCAUCGAAUCUCGGUCGCUCAUUGGUCGAGACAUUGCGACUAGUGGCGACCUCAUCCAGCUAGUCCACUUCGUGGCAAGAGUUCUAGCUUGGCUCUUCCUUUUCACGGGCUGUGCGCCAUAACUGGCGUUCGUGUUUUUGACUGUGCUAAACGAAUCAAGGAACAUCCAAGAUGGUUAACUUUACCGUCGACGAAAUCCGUGGCAUGAUGGACAAGAAGCGGAACAUCCGUAACAUGUCCGUCAUUGCUCACGUGGACCACGGCAAAUCCACGCUGACUGACUCUUUGGUCUCCAAAGCUGGUAUCAUUGCUGGUGCCAAGGCUGGUGAGACCCGUUUUACCGACACACGUAAGGAUGAGCAGGAAAGAUGUAUUACCAUCAAGUCGACCGCUAUCUCCAUGUACUUUGAACUGGAAGAUAAGGAUUUGGUGUUCAUCACCAACGCUGACCAGCGCGAAAAGGACGUGAAGGGUUUCUUGAUCAACUUGAUCGAUUCUCCCGGACACGUUGACUUCUCUUCUGAGGUAACUGCUGCUCUGCGUGUGACUGACGGUGCUUUGGUCGUCGUUGACUGCGUUUCUGGUGUGUGCGUACAGACCGAAACUGUACUGCGCCAGGCCAUCGCCGAACGUAUCAAGCCAAUUUUGUUCAUGAACAAGAUGGACCGUGCUCUUCUUGAGCUGCAAUUGGACUCUGAGGAAUUGUACCAGACUUUCCAGCGUAUUGUGGAAAAUGUUAACGUAAUCAUCGCCACCUACUCUGACGACAGCGGUCCAAUGGGUGAAGUUCGCGUUGACCCCAGCAAGGGUUCAGUUGGUUUUGGUUCCGGUCUGCACGGCUGGGCCUUUACCCUGAAACAAUUCGCCGAGAUGUACGCCGAGAAAUUCAAGAUCGACGUCGUUAAGCUAAUGAACCGUCUUUGGGGUGAGAACUUCUUCAACGCCAAGACCAAGAAGUGGGCCAAGCAGAAGGAAGACGAUAACAAACGUUCUUUCUGCAUGUACAUCUUGGACCCCGUCUACAAGGUGUUUGACUCCAUCAUGAACUACAAGAAAGAAGAGUACGAAGCGUUGCUCCCGAAAUUGGGCAUCACUCUGAAACACGAAGAUAAGGACAAGGAUGGCAAGCAACUGUUAAAGGUUGUAAUGAGGACAUGGUUGCCUGCUGGUGAAGCUUUGCUUCAGAUGAUUGCCAUUCAUUUGCCGUCGCCGGUCGUCGCGCAAAAGUACCGUAUGGAGAUGUUGUACGAAGGCCCUCAUGACGAUGAGGCCGCCGUCGGUGUCAAGACCUGUGACCCGAACGGUCCCCUUAUGAUGUACGUGUCCAAGAUGGUACCGACAUCCGAUAAGGGUAGAUUCUACGCUUUUGGUCGUGUCUUCUCUGGCAAGGUCGCCACCGGUCAGAAGGCUCGCAUCAUGGGCCCCAACUACGUUCCCGGUAAGAAGGAAGAUCUCUACGAGAAGGCCAUUCAGCGUACCAUCCUGAUGAUGGGACGUUACGUUGAAGCCAUUGAAGAUGUGCCAUGCGGUAACAUCUGUGGUCUUGUCGGUGUUGAUCAGUUCUUGGUGAAGACCGGAACCAUCUCCACUUUCAAGGACGCCCACAACAUGAAGGUCAUGAAGUUCUCUGUAUCACCUGUUGUGCGUGUUGCUGUCGAACCCAAGAACCCAGCUGAUUUGCCCAAACUUGUGGAGGGUUUGAAGCGUUUGGCUAAAUCCGAUCCUAUGGUGCAAUGUAUCAUUGAAGAGUCUGGUGAGCACAUUAUUGCCGGUGCUGGUGAGUUGCACUUGGAAAUUUGCUUGAAGGAUUUGGAAGAAGACCACGCCUGCAUUCCAAUUAAGAAAUCCGACCCUGUUGUCUCUUACCGUGAGACAGUCAGCGAGGAGUCCGACCAAAUGUGCCUGUCGAAAUCGCCCAACAAGCAUAACAGGUUGUUCAUGAAGGCUUGCCCCAUGCCCGAUGGCUUAGCCGAAGAUAUUGACAAUGGCGAGGUCAACCCACGUGAUGACUUCAAGGUGCGCGCUCGUUACUUGUGCGACAAGUACGACUACGAUAUCACCGAAGCUCGUAAGAUCUGGUGUUUCGGCCCUGACGGCACAGGUCCCAACAUCUUGCUUGAUUGUACCAAGGGUGUGCAAUACCUUAACGAAAUCAAGGACUCUGUCGUCGCUGGUUUCCAAUGGGCGUCCAAGGAAGGUGUCCUCUCUGAGGAGAACUUGCGUGCGGUGCGUUUCAACAUCUACGACGUUACCCUGCACGCUGACGCCAUCCAUAGAGGCGGUGGCCAGAUCAUUCCAACCACUCGUCGUUGUUUGUACGCUUGUCUGAUGACUGCUCAGCCCAGGCUUAUGGAGCCCGUCUACCUUUGCGAAAUUCAGUGCCCCGAAGUCGCCGUUGGUGGCAUCUACGGUGUAUUGAACAGACGUCGUGGACACGUUUUCGAGGAACAACAGGUCACAGACCCCAUGUUCGUCGUCAAGGCAUACUUGCCCGUCAAUGAGUCCUUCGGAUUCACCGCUGAUCUUCGCUCCAACACUGGCGGACAAGCCUUCCCGCAAUGCGUCUUCGAUCAUUGGCAAGUGCUGCCUGGUAAUCCCAUGGAACUUGGAACGAAGCCAUACCAAAUUGUGCAGGACACGCGUAAACGAAAGGGUCUUAAGGAAGGUCUGCCCGACCUUGCUUCCUACUUGGACAAAAUGUAAACAUCGGGGUGUUAGGAUCUGUACAAAGUUUGAAAGAUUCAAAAUAAACUACAAAAUCGAUAAAUUAA